CCUCCUUAGUCCCGGCUUAAGCCCCGCCCACUCGUCCCUGCCACGCCCCCUUCUCUCCCAGGUCCUUUUGUCAGGUACGAUCAGGGGUCCUCGGACGCCUGGGUUUUCUUUCAGUAGGGCUGAAGAAGGUUCGAGGGCUUCGGAAUGAGAGUCCUGCGGCGGGCAGGAGGCGGGGAGAGAAGGCUCAGCCCCGGCAGGAUUUGGAUGAGAAAGUUCCUGGCUUGACGUCCCCACUUUUAAUGCACUCCAUCCUUUAGAACGGUCCAAGGCCAUAGAUGUCCCUCUGUGGGACACAGGACAGCAUGGCUGAAGCUGUCCAUUAUAUUCACCUUCAGAACUUCAGCAAGUCCCUUCUGGAGACCUUGAACGGGCAGCGCCUUGGCGGGCAUUUCUGUGAUGUAACAGUGCACAUCCAGGAAGCCACACUGCGUGCUCACCGCUGUGUAUUGGCAGCAGGCAGCCCUUUCUUCCAUGACAAGCUGCUGCUGGGCUACUCAGAAAUCGAGGUGCCACCGGUGGUUCCCAGCCAGGUGGUGCGCCAACUGGUGGAGUUCAUGUAUAGCGGCUCACUGGUGGUUGCCCAGUCAGAAGCCCUGCAGAUCCUCACGGCGGCCUCCAUCCUGCAGAUCAAGACGGUCAUUGACGAAUGCACUCAGAUCAUCUCUCAGAGCCGCAGCCCCAAACCUCCCACUGCCCCUCCGCCUGUUUCCCUUACCCUUCCCAGGGUUCUCCCCACCAAGGCCCAAGAGCAAGGAUCCAAAGAAGUUGUCGGCAGUGUCUCCCGGCCGGGCGAUCUUGAAACUGCUCACCUGGACCCUCCCAAACUGCUUUGUGCCUCAGAGGUGCGGUAUAAGCUGCGUGAUCUGCUCUCUUCACAGCACAGGGAGGCUCGGAUAGCCCCCUGUGAGGGGGGCAUCGGUGAUGGGGAGACAGGGGGCCCUUUCCUUCACCCUGCUGAUGCCACGCCCAGCUGCCACAGUCGCAAGCAACGCCAGCCAGUGAGGCUUCAGCUCUCUGAGACGAUGCCUGUCAUCAUCAAGGAUGAGGAGGAAGGCAAUAGGGAAAACAGGGAAGUCGUGGAGGCUGCAGAAAGGGAGGCCAAGCUGAGCUGUUUUGCUGAGUGCAGUGGAAGUGCAGACUUUCCUCCUAGCUUUCCUGACGAAGCGGAGGCAAAGGAUUCUGGGAACACCAGUGGGGCCAGCCAGAAAGAGAGCAUCCAUUUGGAUUACGCCACCGCCGAGGGCCAGGAUUUCUUUGGGAACCAGGAUGUAUUUUCAGAGUCUUUCAUCCCAUCCUGGCAGGGGGAGGAAAGUGGCGAAGAGACGGCGGCUGCUGCCACCACUCGCAACCGGGAGAAGUUCCACUCGGACUGCAGCUUGGAGGCUUCCAACCUGAGAAGCUUGGCGGGAGGGUUCAAGGCGGACUUGGGCAGCCCCUCUUCAUCCUUUCCACCACGCAGCAAUAGUGGCGGGGGGCUGACCUUUGUCUCCUCACUGGGUAUCCAGAGAGAGCUCAAGGCGGAGGUCAGCGGGACCAACACGGCAACCAGCACCACCAGCAUCUUUCAGUUCCAUGUGCCGCAGCCGGGCGGGGUGGCCCAGAGCUUCUACAGCAUGCCACAGCCGCCAGAAGCAGGGGCCAGCAACAUGGUGCAGCUCAGCCCCAGCGCUGUGGUGACAGGCAGCUUGCAUGGCGGGGAGCAGCCGAGUCAACAGCCUGGCCCCUCACGCUGUUCUGAGCCAUCUUACCAAUGUAGCCAUUGUCAAAAGACCUUCAGCUCCCGAAAAAACUACACCAAGCAUAUGUUCAUCCAUUCAGGUGAGAAGCCUCAUCAGUGCAGCAUCUGCUGGCGUUCCUUCUCCCUGCGGGAUUACCUGCUCAAGCACAUGGUGACCCACACUGGGGUGCGGGCUUUCCAGUGCUCUAUCUGCUGCAAGCGCUUCACCCAAAAGAGUUCUCUCAAUGUCCACAUGCGCACCCACCGCCCUGAACGCUUCCAGUGCUGCAUCUGCAACAAAUACUUCUCCCAUCGCACCUUGCUGGAACGCCACAUGACCACCCACACGGCCUGGAAAGGGGGCCAGCAUGAGGCCCCGGGGGCCAUCGCCGCUGCAUCAGCCACCACGGCGGAUUGGAAGGAGAAACCCAGCCUUGCCGCUGCUACCUCUGCUGCCGAGAGCACCAUCGCCACCACCGCCACAGCGUGGAAAACAGGAGAGCCAUCGACCGAGGGUGCCAUCAGUGCUUGGAAAGCGGGAGAUCCUGCCUCUGGAGAAAGUGGCCUGGUGGCUUGGAAGGGGGAGGCAGGAGGGGAAGGGCCUGUUGCAACCUGGAAAGGGGAUCCGGCUUCAGAGGCCCCCAUGCAGCCUCAUACAGCAUAGGGCAUCUAGGCACGGGUGCAACGCUCUAGGAGCUUACUUUGUCCACUCUAUGGUGCUGCUCACCAAAGUGGCCUCGCAUCAAGGCUUUGAAUUCUGAGAGGCGUCCUCUCCAGCGAGAUUUCCACACUUGUAGAGCAGCUCAUGGGGGAGGGCACCAUGUAUGCUAGGUAAGCAGUAGGUUCUAAAGCAGAAACUGGACAGGCCACAUACGUGGGCUGUGGAGCUCACCAUCGGGGGACAUGCCUGGGGUUGGGGAUGCUGUGAUAGUCAUGGCACUGUUGUCAGCUCAACCCUAGCCUGCCUGUAGCUCAGUGAUAGAGCGCAAGCUUUCAGUGGAAAGGGCCAUAAGUUCAGUCCCUGUUAUCUGCAGUUAAAGAACCGUAGUUGGCAGGACUCAGAAAGGCUCUCAGCCUGAGAUCUAGAAGAGCUUUAUGCCAUCAAGAUAGACAAUACUCAACUAGUUGGACAAAUGGUCUGACCGAGCUUAUUAAGACAGCAAAGGAGUUGCUAAAGCAAGUUAGCUUUAAUAUGCCAGUGUCUCUAUGUCAGCACCAAACAUACUGUUGUUUUGAUGGCCUUCUGGGAUUCCCAGAGUCUUUUGGCCAGUCAUUUUGGGAAUUCAGAUGUAGGUGCUAACACCCCCUGUUUUCUGGGGUGACUACUCACAUACUGUAAUCCUCCAGGCAGGGUGAGGUUCUGGGAGAAGUGGUCGAAAAACUGCUUUCCACUUCAAGAUGAUGGGGUGGGUCCUUCUCAGAGUAACUCCAGCCUCCUUGCCAACUGUUUUUCCAAGCUCUGAGUUGGACUGGUGCUCCGAUCUAGCAGAGCUGCUGUUAAUGCUUUGUGGCAAUAAACAGGAAACACAAACUCUGCUGCCUUAAAAAAAAAAGCAAAUAUCCAUUGGGCAGACUGGAGCAUAGCAGCCUUCCUCAGACUGCAGCCUUCAGGGGUGUUGGGUUACAACCACCAUCAUCCUCAGCCAGCAUAGCCUGGUGUGGGUGAUGGUGGAGGCAGUUGAAGAUACCCUGGGUGGUCCUGGUUGCUGGGAGGCUGGCUUCUGGUUUUCCAAUUGGAUUCCACGAAUAUAUUUAAAGAAACCAAUCCUGUUCUCAGCCUUUUCUCUCUUGAAAAUAAACCAGUGUGUACAGUGGUGCCUUGCAAGACGAGCGCUUCGUAUAACAACGAAAUUGCAUCACGAAGUUUUUGCGAUCGCAAAACGAUGUUUCCUAUGGGCUUGCUUCGCAUUGUGAUGAUCGGUU